UAGCUAUGGAGUGGCGGGGCGGGGCGAUGGAGGGAAGCGGCGGCUUCGUCGAUCGCAGGCUCGCGGAUUAUGUGAGCCUCAUCACGGAUUCUUUAGCUAGCCAGGAUGGAUCGGCAUUUGCUGCGGCGCUGGCGAUCAAUGCCACGAAUUCCUACGCGGAGACGGUGUCUUCCUGCCUGGAUCACACAAAGGAUCCUGCGAGGAUUUUGAAACAGGUAGACAAGCACGCACCGCUGGGAGAAAUGCUACUCCAUCACACGCGGGCAAUGCAGUGCUACCAUCAGAAUCGCUAUGUGGACGCCUACAAUUCCCUCGAGAAAUCGGCAAAUGCUUUCUUACAAGAAUAUCGCAACUGGGAAUCAACGUGGGCGAUGGAAGCGCUUCAUGUCAUCGUCUACGCUCUUCGCACUGUCGGGGAGAUGGCUGACAGGGAAAUGGCGAUGAAUGGGAAGGCACCGGAUAAGCUCAAGGGUGCUGGCUCGUUUCUUAUGAAGGUUUUCGGUGCCAUUCAAGGAAAAGGUCCCAAGCGCGUCGGUGCUCUCUACGUUACGUGCCAACUAUUCAAAAUCUACUUCAAGCUGGGAACAGUCCAUAUGUGCCGAAGUGUGAUCAGGAGUAUUGACACAUCUCGGUUUUUCGACUUCGAAGACUUUCCUGCCAAGGAUCGGGUGACUUAUAUGUAUUAUACAGGCCGUCUAGAGGUUUUCAACGACAACGUCUCGGCAGCCGACCGAAAGCUCACAUAUGCCUUGGAACGCUGCGAUCCUUUCAAGAAGGCGAACAUAAGGAUGAUUUUGAAGUACCUGGUACCGGUGAGAUUAGCACUCGGGGUGCUACCAAAAGAGAGCUUACUUACAAAAUACAACCUGUCCGAGUAUAUUGACGUUGUCCGAGCUCUGAAGCGAGGAGACGUCAGAUUACUUCGACGUGCCUUGAAAGCUAACGAGAACAAUUUUUUCAGAUCGGGCGUCUAUCUCGUCCUGGAGAAGCUCGAAUCCCAUGUCUACAGACGACUUUUAAGAAAAAUAUACAAUAUCCAAAAGCAGCGUGAUCCUGGCCGCGCCCACCAGGUUAGGAUGGAGGUGAUCCUAAAAGCUAUGAAGUGGCUCGAGGUGGACAUGGACAUGGACGAGGUGGAAUGCUCCAUGGCAAUUCUGAUCCACAAGGCACUGAUGAAAGGCUACUUUUCGCACAAGAGCCGAGUGGUGGUGCUGAGCAAGCAGGACCCCUUCCCGAAGCUCGCUGGGCGACAACAACAGUAACAGCAACAGCAAAAGUAAGGAUUUAUUAGUCGAUUUGGAUCGCAACAAGAGAUUUGGAGGCAGAUUUGUGAGCUUUACGUGGCCGGCCGCGACUCUAAGCUUGAAUUUCUUAGUGGUGAGUUUCGUGAUACUUUUUGUGAUAUUUCCGCGGCCUUUUUGGCACGGAAUACCCGCCAUGGCUAUUCAAAUGGUACACGUGGAGGUUGUAUA